CGAUAUCUCGCUCUCACUGUCAGAGACUUUGUGAUGGGAACUGAAGACAAAAUGAUGGCCACAAUGACCACAACCGCCAUUUGGCCACUCAUUGUCUUAGUGGUGUCACUGGUGACGACGGCAUCAGCGCAGGUGUCCAUAGAUCCGUACGAAGUGCGUAACCUUGCGCUCCGGUUCGGGAAAGACAUCUACGAGGGGUCGGCGGAGUCGACGUGUGUCCGCAAAAUCACGUCAAACUUCGAGGACAUGAAGGCGCGAGUGGUUUGGUUUGACUCGAAUAAGAUGAUGGAAGACAUGAGGAAUGAUGUGAUGAAUACGUUGAACUGGAAGAAGCACGCCAUCGAGCGCAUCGCCAAUGAGUCCCAACGUCUGGCCGCUAACCACACUUUCGUGAACAAGAACCUGGACAUGGAUUACCUGAAUAUGAAGCGCCUGUACGACAAUCGCGAGGGAGAGACGCCGACCAACCAUAACGACGAUGGGGUCGAGUGGAAGACUAUUGAACUCAGUCCUCACCCCAACUUCGAGGGCGCGAACGUCAACCUCGAGAAGAGUGCGGUUCACGUGCCCAUCAAUGUCUACGAGAGGGCCGCAGACAUUGUCAAUGACAUUAAGUGGUCGGAAGCGUUGACUCCAUUCUUCAAGAACAACCUGAUGUUCGAUCCCGGCCUCAGUUGGCAGUUCUUCGGCUCCAGUCGAGGCUUCCUUAGACUAUAUCCAGCGACUGAAUGGAAGAACGAAAUAGAUUUCCUUCAGUUGGAAACGCCUCCUCCAGAUCUGUACGACUGUCGGAUGCGACCCUGGUACAUUCAAGGCGCCGCAUCUCCCAAAGAUGUAGUGAUUCUUCUGGACAGCAGUGGUUCGAUGACAGGACUGCGGAACACAAUCGCAAAGAACGUGAUCUCAACCAUUUUGGACACACUUACUGAUGACGAUUAUGUGGCGGUCAUGAAGUUCUCAGAUCACGUGGAGUUCAUAAACAAAUGCUUCGAUAGUCUGGUUCUCGCGAACGAGAAGAAUAUCCGCCAAAUCAAGGAAGACGUGGACAAAGUGAGGCCCACAGAAGUGGCCAAUUUCACGGCCGCACUCAUACACGCCUUCGAUCUCCUCCAAGUGGUGCACGCAUCGAAAGGGGGCUGUCAGUGUAACCAAGCAAUUAUGCUGAUCACUGAUGGAGCACCCGAGACAUUUGAAGAUGUCUUUCGUACGUACAACUGGCCUAACAUACCGGUCAGGGUUUUCACAUAUCUUAUUGGCCGUGAGGUCACUGAUAGUCAAGAAGUAUAUUGGAUGGCCUGUCAUAAUAGGGGGUAUUACACACAUGUGUCCAAUUUGGCAGAAGUGCGGGAACAGGUCCAGCAAUACAUACCUGUCAUGAGUCGGCCGAUAGUGCUGUCCGGGGAACGAGUGUUUGCGUGGACUCCAGUCUACGCUCACGUUUCCGAAGUGCCUCUAAGUGACUGGGUUUGGGAGGAAAGAGAAAAGGAAAUUAAGACUAAAAUUUUGCAACAACAACGCAAACGUACUGUCGUUAGUGAUAGUCAGGUAAAGGAUAAUUUGGCCGAAAAUGAGCGCAAUGACAAUGACGCUGAUAAUAACGAGGCCAGUGGCUCCAUAUCUGCUUCAAUUAACAUCACUAAAAGAAUUCUUGUUAAGAAUGUUUAUCAGGACUCAGAACCAGAAACUAUCCGAAUCGCGAAUCUGUUGGGCGUCGCAGGAGUUGACGUUCCCAUCAAAGAGAUCGUGAAACUAACGCCCGCUUUCAAGCUUGGAGUUAAUGGAUAUUCAUUUGUCACAACAAAUAAUGGUUAUCUCCUAUAUCACCCCGAUCUCAGACCCAUGUUCCUGGAUAUGCUAAAGCCUUUCUAUAGUUCUGUUGAUAUCUCUGAAGUGGAACUGGCGGACAAUGUGUUGGGUCCCCGACUAAUGGAUGAGAAUAUCAAUGAAAUUCGUGGAAAUAUGAUUAACAGAACAGUUGGCUGGAAGAAAAUUAAGGUCAAAGUGCAUAUGGAUUCAAUGAAAAGAGCCGUAACGCGAGUUAAUCAUUAUAUUUACGGCAAAAUCGAUUUCACACCUUUCAGUUUGGCUAUUGUUUUGCCCGAACCCUACGGCUCUUAUAGAGUUGAGGGUCAGAUCGAAGUGAAAGUGAGACGAGAAGAGAACUUUACUCACUAUUUCCGGGGUAACAAUUGGAGGGUUCAUCCCGAAUGGGUGUACUGCGAUUCUCCAAAUAAAAUAUCUGCUAUUUUGCCCAAAUCUCCAGAAGAAGCUAUCACUCAGUUUCUUAAGACUGUACUCAACGGACAGAAUUUCCGGUGGAAGACCAGUAGUACAAGACCUCAACCCUCUGGCACUUCUACUGGCACUGUAUCCCAGGUAAUGAUGACUUUUGCCGUGAUUGCAAAAGUAGAGGUCGAGCUGUUCUCAAUGAGGACAAUAACAGUGGUGGCGAUCGGGCACUUAGGUUGUCUGUGCUCCCUGUGCUCCCUCACUAACUUAGAUCAAAAGCUGAAAAUGUUUGGAAUUGUGACCACAUUUGUGGCCACUCGUAGUGGACUCACGCGUUUCGAAGACCAUAGAACUGAUGCUGAAAAACAAAACACAUCUUCUGAAAGACCCUUCUUUGACACUCACACGAAAGCCACUGAAGAGCUAUAUUACCGAAGAGCUGUUGACUUCCAUGCAGUCAAUGAUUCGGCGUUUGUAUUCUCCGUCCCAUUCGACGCUAACCAACGCGAGGGACAGUUAUUAGUGACUGGAAGUCACGCUAUAUUCUUAGGCACCGGCAAAUCUAGCGCUCCGGUGGCUGUGGUUGGCCUUCAGAUUAAACACUCGGUAUUUGUCGAGCGUUUCAUUAAUAUAACGAACAAAUACUCGAAAGUGAUUUGUUCUGCAGAGGAAGUGGACUGUUAUUUGUUGGACAACAACGGGUUUGUCAUUUACAGCGAGGUCUUUGCCAACACCGGCAAGUUUUUUGGCGAAGUGGACAACUCGCUUAUGGAGGCAAUGGUCGCCAAGAAUGUGUACCGAAAAGUUCAUAUGUUUGACUACCAGGCCAUUUGUCUUAAGAUAAUGACCCCUCAAAGUCACGCUGAGAGCGAGAGAAAGAACAAUAAGACGCGACCCUAUCCUUGCGAUAAAGAGUUUGAUUUGUUUGAAAUGAUUAGUCCUCUCACUGAAGAGCCCAUCAAAGGUGAUGACAACUGUGGCGGUGAAGCCAGUGGCUGCGGCCGGGAGUUUACGUUGCAAUCUGUGCCCUACACUAAUCUGGUUAUGCUUGUGGUGCAUAAGACGUGUGCCUGCGAUAUAUCGACCAUUAAGUUUGAACCCAAAGAAAUAGUGUAUAACACGAGUCAUACCUGUUAUCUCCAGAAGACGGAACUGCCUCGAAGACGGCCCACAACGUGUCACAACUAUCACCCGCAGGAAAGAGAGGUCAAACAAUGCGGCAGAGGAUCCAAAUUAUUUGUGUCACUCUUUCUUACGUUCAUAUCUUUGGUUAAGAUUUUAAUGGAAAACACGUGAAAUGCAUUCAACAAGUGGUGAAUUAGUACUAAACACUCAACUCGUGAGUCAAUGACUUAUUGCCUCUACAAAAAUGAUUUCUAUUUUUUGAAGCCUUUUUUAAUGGAUGUGAUUCCCAAUACAUUUCACACCAAAUUCUGACAAAUUAUUAUUCACUUACUUAUGUUAUCAUAAGAUUAGUACUGGAUAUGAAUUAUGAAACUAACGGAAAAUUAUGAUUAAAUUGUAAUUUAAUUAAAGCAAUAAGUUUUGGUAAAUAUCUCUUCAAUGCCUUCGUGUGUCUCAACGACAGAACAUAUCAUUUGAUUGCUUUCAUAUACAUCACGAGAAUCAUUGCCACAAUGGGCUGACUAUUGUUUAGUUUUUAUAUCAUAUUAGAAGUAAUGAUUGAUUGGAUAUAUACUAACGAACUAAUGAUUGUUAUGUUGGAUCAGAUUCUGAUCAUCAGAACAAAGAUGUACUACAUUUGCAUUAGUCUUCAAAUGGGC